CUGGGCACAGGCAGGCGUUGGCUAGAGAAGGGACCAGCCCAACUCCUAGCCUUUGCUUUCUGCCUUAGCCCGAGUCCGUGGCUCCUGGCGCUGGCCUCCCUGCCGCUCCUGCUAAGUCCAGACCACGAGCCCAGAUGGCGCGGGAGGGCAGGGCCCGGGGCUGUAGGGUGCCAGGCACCUUGCUCCUGCUGCUUGCCUACCUGUCUUACUUGGCACUGGGCACGGGCGUGUUUUGGGUGCUGGAAAGCCCCGCGGCACAGGACUCCAGCGCCAGAUUCCAGCACGACAAGUGGGCGCUCCUGCAAAACUUCACGUGCCUGGAUGGCCCGGCGCUGGACUCGCUGAUCCGGGGCAUCGUCAAGGCGUAUCAAAGUGGGGACAUCGUCCUGGGCAAUACCACCAGCAUGGGGCGCUGGGAGCUUAUGGGCUCCUUCUUCUUUUCCGUGUCCACCAUCACCACCAUUGGCUAUGGCAACCUGAGCCCCCACACUCUGGCCGCCCGCCUCUUUUGCAUCGCCUUUGCCCUGGUGGGGAUACCGCUCAACCUCGUGGUGCUCAACCGACUCGGGCAUCUCAUGGAGCGGGGGGUGCACCGCUGUGCCCUCAGGCUGGGGGGUGCCUGGCAGGAUGCAGCCAAGGCCCGGUGGCUGGCAGGCUCCGUUACCCUCCUCUUGGGCCUCCUGCUUUUCCUACUGCUGCCCCCGCUGCUCUUCUGCCGCAUGGAGGGCUGGAGCUACGUGGAGAGCUUCUACUUCGCCUUCAUCACCCUCAGCACCGUGGGCUUUGGUGACUACGUGAUUGGGAUGGACCCCUCCCGGAGGUACCCGCUGUGGUACAAGAACACGGUGUCCCUGUGGAUCCUCUUUGGGAUGGCGUGGCUGGCCCUGAUCAUCAAACUGAUCCUCUCCCUGAUGGAGACCCCAAGGAGAUCGUACUCCUGCUACUACCACAGCUCCAAGGGCAACUUCAAGCCCCAAAGCUGGAGGCAGGGCCCAGAUGGGGAGGCAGAGCCCCACUCUCCACAGCCAGGCUAUCUGGAGGAACCUAUGGGAAUCAUGCAGCAUCCAGAACCCUCUACUCAGGUCUCAUGCUGUAGAGAGGACACCUAGUCAUACUCCAGGAUUUGUUAGUAACAAGACCCCUGAUUUUAAGCUUGGCACAUGGUCACUCAGAUGAAAGACUACAUUUUUUUGUCUUCCUUUAAAGCUAGCGGCAGCUAUUUGCCCAGUAGGAUAUACAGAGAAGUAUCUUUGGGACUUACGGAUGUGACUUGGGAGAUGUGGGGGAUGCUUCUCUUUACUCCUUCCUUCUUCUAGCUGGCUGUUAAGCUGAUUCAGUGGCUGGAGCUCUGGCAGCCAUAUUGCACCAUGAGGUACAGGCCAUUUUUGAGAUUGGUGACACAAUAAGGUAAAAAGAGCUUGGACUCCAGAUGGCUGCAGAGCCACCAUAACAAACCAGAGCUGAAGAUCGCCAAACUUGAUUUAUGUGAAAGAGAAAUAAAUGUCAGUCUUACUUAAAA